CUGGACCAGUCGGUGUCAUGUGAUCACGGAGUCAGCUGACCUGGGUCAAGCCGGAAGAAGCCCUGGAUUGGGUCUCCUGACAUCAUGAGGUUCCGGUUCUGUGGCGAUCUGGACUGUCCCGAUUGGGUCCUAGCAGAGAUCAGCACACUGGCCAAAAUUUCCUCUGUGAAGCUGCGGCUACUGUGUAGCCAGGUGCUAAAGGAGCUUCUGGGACAGGGGAUUGACUAUGAGAAGAUCCUGAAGCUUACUGCUGAUGCCAAGUUCGAGUCUGGAGAUGUGAAGGCCACGGUUGCAGUGCUGAGUUUCAUCCUCUCCAGCGCCGCCAAGCAUAGCGUGGACAGUGAUUCCUUGUCCAGUGAGCUGCAGCAGCUGGGGCUGCCCAAAGAGCAUGCCACCAGCCUGUGCCGCUGUUAUGAAGAGAAGCAGAGCCCCCUACAGGAGCACCUUCGGGCCUGUAGCCUACGUGUGAACAGGCUGGCCAGCGUGGGCUGGCGGGUAGACUACACCCUGAGCUCCAGCCUGCUACAUUCUGUGGAGGAGCCCAUGGUACACCUGCAGCUACAGCUUGUGCCUGCUCCAGGUUCCCUGGCCCAACACGUUUCCAUGUCCCUCUCAGCAGACAAGUUCCAAGUUCUCCUGGCAGGUAAGGCUGGACCUGCAGAGGUUGGAGCCCCUCCUGGGUCUGGCUGACUUGGAACUGGCUAUACAGGCCAGGCUGGCCUCAGACUUGCCUCUGCUCCUUACCACUGCUCAUGCACCCUCCUGUUUACUGCAGAACUGAAGCAAGCCCAGACCCUGAUGACUGCUUUGGGCUGAGAAGGGUGUUCCUAGCCUCUGUGGAGCCGCCCUGCCUGCACUGAGUGGCUCCCCUCCACACUCCUCUUGCAAGGGUGGCCCUUGGCCUCUUGAGUCCUGGGUGGGGCUACUGGGGAUCGUCCCCAGAAUUGCCUUCUUUCUUUUGAAAGAAAGUACUUGUCAACCAUUGUUAUGGGCAAUAAGAAUAAACAAGUGUACAGCACUGUG